AAAUCAUAUCGACACAAAGGUAACUGAAGCUUUUUCCUAACUCUUCAAAACAACCGACUUUUCUUUCCUUAGUUAGCACGUUGAGCCAUUGAUUGCUCCUCCUUCAUUCGUAGAAUCCGCGCUCAGCUGACACGCGUCGGAGUGGUCGGGAAUCGGCGAGUUGUUGCCAAGAAGAAAAUGAAGAUCAACGUCAACAAAAUAGCUCGAAAAGUCGAGGUCGAUAAUCGCUUUCCUCUCCUAUACUACUGCAGAAUCGCUGAUAGUCUCCUUAGACAGGCGAAUGUACACAGGGAGGAGAAGAAUAUUUUAGAUUUGUAUAUAAUACUUCUUAGAUUUUCAAGUUUGGUGUCUGAGACGAUUCCGUUUCACGGAGAUUAUCAGGUUUUGCCUCAGAAGGAGAAAGUAGCUUAUAGGAAGAGGUUGUUAGCUGUAUUAGAUGAGCUUGAAGCUUUGAAGCCAGAAUUCCAAAGUCAAGUGGAUGAGCUGAACAAAGCUUAUGCUAGAAUUCAACACGGCAAAAUUGAUGGCCCAGAGACAAUUUCAUAUGUUUCUGAGCCAUCUUCUUCAGAACGACCCUCUGUUAAUAAGGUUUCUUACUCGAACGCCAAUGUGAAGCAGCCUUCGAGGAAAUACAACAACAAUCAUGUUCAAGUUUCAUCUUCAAUCUCCCCACAAUUUGACAAGAAGUUGCAGAAGCUAUCUUUUCAUUUACCACUUCCCAAGCAAGAGACUCUGUCUAGACACUCAUUCUUGGGCCCUAAUGGUCUUCGUGGCCAAUGGCAAGGACCUAGCGCAGAGACGAAGGUUCAGUAUCCGACUUAUACUGACUUGACAUCUUCUGAAAAUUCAAAUCAUAUAUGGGGUGAUAGCCUGGAUCAGGCUGCAGAGUGUGGUACUGAGGCAGUAAAAGGUAGUGAUGCUGAGAGCAUUGUCUUUACAAUGGAGUCAGUGCUCUCUUUAGAUGACGGGAGAUGGUCACGACCUGUUGAAAAGUUGUCUCCUGGAUUAAUCAAUGAAGCAAAGAAAGAUCCUUUCCAGUUUGUUGGUGUUAAGCAGCCUCCACCGCCUCCUAUUCUUGCUCAAGUGCAUGACUUUUCUCCAACGACUCCAUUGAAAGUCGCAGAUCCAAGAUCAGGACCAGAAAAAUCUUCCGAGGAUGGGCUUCCUAGCUCAAAUUCAUAUCAACAUUUGCAUGUUAUCCUUCUAACACACUUGCAGCCUGUAAGCUUGAUGGAAGAUUUCUUGACAUUAGCUCGUGCAAAUACACAGAAGAACUUAGAAACAUGUGGUGUGCUUGCUGGUUCAUUGAAAAACAGGGUUUUCCACAUCACGACACUUAUAGUCCCAAAGCAAGAGUCAACUUCAGAUUCGUGUCAGACAUUGAAUGAGGAAGAAAUAUUUGAAGUUCAAGACAGUCUGUCACUUUUUCCUCUUGGCUGGAUUCAUACACACCCAUCACAGACAUGUUUUAUGUCGUCUGUUGAUCUGCACACUCAUUACUCAUAUCAGAUCAUGUUACCUGAAGCAAUUGCGAUUGUAAUGGCCCCGACUGAUGCAUUGAGUCCACAUGGGAUAUUUCACUUGUCUGAUCCGGGUGGCAUAUCUGUGAUUCGGAAUUGUCAGCAGAGGGGUUUUCAUCCUCACGAGGAGCCUUUGGAUGGGAGCUCAAUUUAUGAGCACUGUUCUCACGUCUAUAUGAACCCCAACUUAAAGUUCAAAGUUGUUGAUCUUCGGUGAGCUGCAAUUCUUUAGCAAGAGCUUUAAAGAAAACAAUUUGUAAAAGAAAGUAAAUAUCUCGACAUGUAAAUCCAAUUGGUGUUUUGAAUAGAAACUUGACAAUGAUAUAUAGCUACUUCUUCUUUUUUUUCCCUUUCUUGGUUUGUACUCUCAUGGUUAAGGAUUUUAACUGUCGAUGUAACAAACCUGUACAAUCUGCAUGACAAUAAAACGUUCUUAUAGGACUUGAUCGAA